GAAGCAAUGACAGGAGUCGUUUCAUUUUCAGUUUGAAAGUGGUUAUGGCGUAAUUUUUAAGCUUGAUAUUUAUAAUUAAAGUUAUGGAUUUGGGGGUUUUGAAGUUUCAUUGUAAAGGUGGAAAUGCGUUACAUGGAGCGGUGCACGAGAGCCACGGAGCAGUGUGGACCGAGGGACGUAGCAUCUUCCUGGCACCUAUCUCCCUCUUCCAAGGACAAAUAGAGAACCGGGAACCAAGCAAGCUUGGAGAGUUCGAUGAUGGUGCCGGGUGCAGUCCCCAGGAGAGUCGUGGUGUUCGGUCGGUCCACUGGAGCGGGGCCGUAGUAGGGGAUCUGUGUUACAUGUGCGUUGUCCACGAGCGUAACAUUUCAGUGUGGAAGGUCGCGGGAAAACAACCAAGCCUCGUCUUCAAGCAGGUCCGCAAAAUCAACAUACAGCCUCUACCUCACGGCAUUGCCUGGUGUCCGGGCCGUGACGUUCUGUGUGUUCUGUGUCCCCAGCAGGCCAGUCUCUACUACAGUCAUGUGACCAACAAGGGAUCCCAGGUGCUCCUGCAGAUAGACAGUGGUAAGGUUCGAUGUGGCUGUUGGACAACUGAUGGCUCACAACUUAUCAUUGCUGUCGACUCGUCUUUUAUGAUAUACCAGUGGUCAGAUAUAGAUGGUGCAGUGACCAGCUACACAGCUAGGCAGUGGACAAUACCAGGCCUGACAUCACAGAUCUGCAGUGUUUUUCCCGUGUCAGACACUCGGAUCAUCUGUUCCACAGAGCUGCCACUUGACAACCUGUGUAAACCACGUGACAGUUUCCUCCUUCCGGAUUUACUUAAUUCAAAUUCAAAUGCACCAAUCAAAGGGUCUUUAGAGGAAGGGGAGAUAAUUAGACCAAGGACAGAACAGGCUUCCAUCACUGAGACCUUGUUCAAUCUGCCCAGAAGUCCUGAUCCUGCAUGCACUGACAGUGCCCGACUAGAGGUUGUUGAUAUUCCGCGAGACGGGGAUCCAGCGACAGUGACCAGCUGUGACAUCCCUGGUGUUAUCACUCCUGGCCUACUUCUGUACCAGGCUGGGGGAGUUAUCCUAGUGGGGAGCCACAGCCAGCCUCUCCUGCAGAUAUACAGCCUCAUAGACCUCUCCCUCCAGAAGACUGGAGAAAUUCUGCUGGACAAGACAGAACGACCUCAGGGCCUGGUGACCGCUCCUUCUAGUUGUUGCAAUAUUGAUGAAGGUGUGCUCAUUCUGAUUGGUCGCCGGGGACAAGCUGACUCUGCCUUUCUGUCAGCAGACACAUACACCAGUAUGAAGUCUGUACUCAAGUUCUUCAAUGUUAAACAGGGUCACUACACAAAGCACCCACUGACCCACACAACAAGUACCCCUUCCAUCCCAGUGUCCGUGGCAACAAACGGCAACCAUGACAACAAGGACUAUGACAAAAUCUAUGAAAGUGUCAUGAACUUUGGCCCCCGCUUGAAGAAUGGUGAGAAUAAUGGAGACAUACGUAGUGAGAAUAACAACUCUGUACACAAGCCACUCACAAAGUCCUGCAGUGUGGUAGUGAGCCGGCAGAGCCAAGGGGAGCAGGAACAUGUCAAGGUCAAUGGUAGCUAUAGAAACAGUUUCCAUGGUGACUUUGACAUGAAGGCAAGAGAAAAACCUGUGGUAAUCAGUGAUAAUAUUCCUGAAGAAGAGGAUACAUCAAUGCCAAAAGUGAACGGCAAUCACAGACACAGUGUUCAUGAAAUUAAUGUAGAUAAAACCAUUUCUAAGAAUGGAAUAGAGAGGAUUCCAGAGGAGAGUGCUCCAGUUCCGCCAAAGAGGCCACUGAGGAAGAAGAAGUCAAUGAGGGGUAAGGACGAUAUGGCUCAUACAUUGUCCAACUCGAGCCUGGAGCGCAGCAGGGCUGGCUCUGGCGUCAGUGGGAACAUGCCCAUGGAGUACAUGUCCGACUCCUCCGAGUUCUCACCCCGGGAUUCCAAGGACAGAAGUGACUCAACUAGUAGUGUCACAGCUGGGCCUGUGGUCAGGAUUUCAGACAAUGGUCAAGCACAAGUAGAAAUGAAUGAAAAGGAGAGUGGAGAGCGAUCAAGGAGCGGAUCCACUUCUAAUAAUUCUAACUCAAGUGAAUCAUUAAUAGUGUCUGCUGGUGGUAUUUUAUCAUCAAACAUGCAACUGCAAAAUGAGGUUUUAAAUGGGGAUUUAAAACUACCUAGUAAUGGUGUUGCUAAGUCAGUUGGAAUAGUAGAGAUAGGUUCAGAAAGGGGGACAACUGAGGAUUUAGAGGUGGAAAGUGUUGACUUUAACUCUCAGCAGACCAACUUUCGUUCAGCUGGCUUAGACAAGUUUUGUGGGGAGGAAUCAGGCAGGCAGGCAGCUGUGAUGGGCCAGCUACAUGAUAGACUGCAGGCUGACAGGGACGGAGGAGAGCAGGAGACCAGAAAUGAACAUAUAAGGGAGGCCUGUCAAGGGGAAGACAGGGGCAGUAACCUGUUAGGUGGCGGGGCCUCACAGAGACUCAGCAGUUCUAUGGAAUCUCUUGAAGAUAUUGACCGCAUCCUCAAAGAGCAGAAUGAGAAGAUAUCUAAACUGCAUGAGCAGAUGUCCAAACUUAGCAGGCGUGUGGAUGAAUCCAGUUGCAUUUUAACAUCAAGAUAUGCAUCCUCUAAAAACGCAGAAAUGGUGCAGCUAUGUUUCCGAUGUAGUGAUGGGUACCGGAUAGAGAAGCGUUUCCUGCUUGAUAAUGGCCGACUCAAAUAUGAACCUGUCAGACAGGCUUUCAGUCUGGACACGGUGGAAAUCAUUUUUGAUGAUGAGCCGUGCGUGGUGGGCAGCAACAUAGAUGGUUAUAUUCCCCUCCGUUUUGAGGCGGGAACCACAAUAUAUGUGUCUGGAAAACCAGCUGUUUGAACUAAAGACUACAAUCAACAUGUCCCGAAAACCAGCAGUUUGAACCAAGCACUACCAUCUAGUAGUUAUGAAACCAGCAGUUUGAACCAAGCUCUACAAUAUAGUAGUUCGGAAACCAGCUGUUUGAACCGAACACUACAAUAUAGAAGUUCGGAAACCAGCUGUUUGAAUCAAGCACUACCAACUAGUAGUUCGGAACUCAGCUGUUUGAACCAAGCACUACAAUAUAGUAGUUCAGAAACCAGCUGUUUAAACCAAGCACUACGAUCAACAUGUUUGGGAAAAACAGCUGUUUGAACCAAGCACUACAAUAUAGUAGUUCGGAAACCAGCUGUUUGAAUCAAGCACUACCAUCUAGUAGUUCAGAACUCAGCUGUUUGAGCCAAGCACUACAAUAUAGUUGUUCAGAAACCAACUGUUUAAACCAAGCACUACGAUCAACAUGUUUGGGAAAAACAGCUGUUUGAAUUAAGCAUUACAACCUGGGGUAUUUAAAGCAAGCACUACAAUUUACGUGUCUAGAAAAACAGCUCUCAUCAAAGAUUGUUGUGAGUGCAACAAUUUGUGUUUCUGGAAACUAGCUGUCCUUAGAAAUGUAAGUCAUGUCACAAUUGCAACACUGGAACAUUACAACCUCGAAGACUGCUUAAAAUCCCCAUGAGUGGCGUGGAGUAGCAAAUAAUGGAUCCCUAGGCAUUUUAUUACUGAACAUAAUGUGUUGUAGAUCCCCUGCAAAUUCCUCAUGGAAAUGGAACAAUGCUCCUGAGCAUUUUAGUCUUUACCCAACUGUCUGGCAGUGAGUAUUUGGAAAUACAGAAAAGGACAUAAACUGGAGAGGUCAACCAUAGGUGUGCUACACAAAUUAUGCAGUAGUAACCCAAAAAUUAUGCCAACAAACUGUGAUCUAAAAUAAACAAAUCCUUGUGGUGUUGUGAAUUACUCUAACAGUAAUCAAGAUGAAUUUGUUAAAAUAUGCAACCUAUUGGUUACAGUGAACACAGAUUGUGAAUGCUUAAUGACGCUGACACUUUGCUUUUAAAGAAUAAACUCAAUGUGCUUUUAAAAAUCUCUGUAGAGAACUGGUCAUGAGCUUGUCAGAUAUUGACUUUAUACAGUGAUACUUUACUUCCUAUCUAUGCAUUUAUUUUAUAAACACCAUAAUUAUAUGUGUAUGUAUUUUACUCUGUACUAUGAAUCUUAAAAUUAACUUAAAACAACGUGUGCUUUAAAAAAGUUUGUGCUGUUCUUUAAGUCCCUAUUUGCUUCAGGUUUUUAUAGUAUGUAACCAAACCAAUGCCCAUAAUUGAAUGAAAAAUCAAUGUAGAAAAUAUGUGUACUUGGUUUCUUAUAAUCAUGUAUAUGUAUAGAACUCAUAAAUUUCUGUUUGGCAACUAACAUAUCUGUUUUAUAUCACAUGGUUGUGUUUGAAUCUUCCUGAUUGGCAUAUUGUUUUUAUAUUAUAUGAUGACAAUUACUACCUCUUCUGUAUAUAGACAGACUGAUAUGAAUCAUGAUAUGAUGUAUAGUUGUAGUGUAUGUAUCUGUCACCAUUGGAGCAUAAAUGUUUCAUAUACCUUCGCUUUCAAGUGUUAUGUUUUACAAACAUUUAUGGCAAAACAUUUGGUUUAAAGUAUUUUGAAAUCAGAAACUGAUCAAUAGCGACUGAUGAUGUUGUAUGUGUUUGAUGUCACACUUUUUUGCAUUUGAUGUGGGUUUGUUUUUAAGGUUUGUUUUUAAGAUAGUUUUAGGGCUGUAUGGAGAUUUAAGUUUUAAUUAAAACAUGUAUAUAGUAAUUUGAAAAAGAGUUUUUAUUUAUCUAUUAAGACUUUAAAAUUAAUCUUUUAUUAUCUAAACUGCUGAUUUUUCUUAAUUUAAUUUUAAUUCAAUUAGUUUCAAGGACUGCAUGUGUAAACCAAUGAGUGUUGAUUGUGUGUCUGAGGCAUAUGACUUCAUUCUUGGGAUAUUUAAUAAAUUUCAUGUACAUGCUUGUGAUGGAUCAAAGACUUAUUGUUAUUAUAUAGUGUAUAUAUAUGCAAUUUAUUUUCAUAACCUAAAGAUCAUUCACAUUCCAUUCAUUUACCUAAUAAUAUGUUUGUAGAAAUCUUUUCUUGAUAUGUUUCACUAAUCUCCACUUGUUUGAAAGCAAUGUCUAUGUGUUCAAAUAUUAAAACAUUUGAAAUGUU